UUCCCUAAAUUCUCUAAAACACCUUGCUUCCAACCAUUAUUACUGCACACUUGUGUACGUCAAAAUUUCCAGGGGAUUAGAAUGGGUUCAAAGAUGAGUAAAAACAAUAAUGUAGUUUUGUCUAAGCUGGUUACUAACGAACAACAUGGCGAAAACUCGCCAUAUUUUGAUGGGUGGAAAGCAUAUGAUAACGAUCCUUUCCACCUCAUGAAUAAUCCCAAUGGAGUUAUUCAAAUGGGUCUUGCUGAAAAUCAGCUUCCUGUUUACAAGAUUGAAGAGUGGAUUAAGAGAAAUCCAAAAGCUUCCAUUUGCACAACUGAAGGGAUUGAAUCUUUUAGGAGAAUUGCCAACUUCCAGGAUUAUCAUGGCUUGCCUGAAUUCACAAGUGGAAUAGCAAAAUUUAUGGAAAAAACAAGAAAUGGUAGGGUUAAGUUUGAUCCAAAACGUGUAGUAAUGGCUGGUGGAGCUACUGGAGCUAACGAGAAUCUCAUCCGAUGUUUGGCUGAUCCCGGAAAUGCUUUUUUAGUCCCCACACCCUAUUACCCUGGAUUCAAUAGGGACCUAAGGUGGAGAACUGGGGUAGAGCUUCUACCCAUUUCAUGCAACAGCUCCAACAAUUUCAAGAUUACUAUAGAAGAUGUCAAAGAGGCAUAUAAAAAAGCCCAACAAACAAAAAUCAAAGUCAAAGGCUUGAUUUUGACAAAUCCUUCUAAUCCAUUAGGCACCGUUUUGGACAGGGAGACACUGAUAAACCUCUUGACCUUCACUUACGAACACAACAUCCAUCUCGUUUGCGACGAAAUCUAUGCUGGCACUGUGUUUGAUGCUCCAGAAUUCGUCAGCGUCGCUGAAAUUAUCAAUGAUGACAAAAUUCGUAUUAAUAAAGAUUUGGUACAUAUUGUGUCUAGUCUUUCCAAAGACCUGGGUUUUCCUGGAUUCCGAGUGGGAAUAGUAUAUUCAUUCAAUGAUGAUGUCGUCAAUAAUGCUAGAAAAAUGUCGAGCUUUGGUCUUGUUUCCGCUCAGACACAACAUUUGUUGGCUUCCAUGCUGUCUGAUGAUGAAUUCAUUGGAAAGUUUCUCAUUGAAAACCCCAGGAGGUUAGAGGAAAGGCAUGAGAAAUUCACCGGCGGACUCGAAGAAAUCGGAAUAAAGUGCUUAAAAAGCAAUGCAGGACUUUAUUGCUGGGCGGAUUUGCGGCCGCUGCUGAAAGAACCAACACUUGAUGCUGAGUUGUCUCUAUGGAAACGGAUCAUAAGCAACGCCAAGCUCAAUGUCUCACCUGGAUCUUCUUUUAAUUGCCCUGAGGCAGGAUGGUUUCGAAUCUGUUUUGCGAAUAUCGAUGAUGAAACUGUGGAGAUCGCCCUUUCUAGGAUUCAAAUGUUUGUGGAUGCUAAUAACAAGGUCAACGAAAGGGGACUCAUCAAGAACGCAUUAGUGAAAAAGGAAUGAUUUACGAAUUGACUUCUCGAACAAAAGAAGUACAAUGAAAACUGUUAUGAGUUUGAAUAUGUUGUCUCUUAAUUCUCUGUUUCCUCGCUCGGCUCUUGUUCGAGCGAGGAGACACAAUUAAUACAAGUAAAGUUAGAAAUGUAUAAAAUGAGAAGAAAUUGAAGUGUUUGUCAUUGUUCUUUUGUGAUAAAUAAUAGAUGAAAAAUG